UGUACUUUCUGUUUAUACAGUUCAUUUGGAAACGUUAACAGUUUUUAACGCAAGACAGCCAAUGGAAGAAGUCUUGGACAAGACAACCAAGGCAGCUGCCACUGUCGUGGACACGAUAUGCUGCCAACCCUGCUCCCAGGAUGGGGGAACCCUCCCAGCCGAGGCCUACUGUACUAUCUGCAAGGAGUUCAUGUGCUCCACUUGCACAAAAGUACACAAGAAACAAAGAGUGACAAGGAUUCAUUCACUGCUUGACAAAGGCAGUAUGCCGACUAACACGAAAGACAUUUCAAUCGAAGAUGAUAGCACAGAGCCUUGUAACAUCCAUCCUGGAGAAUUCAUCAAAUACUUCUGCCCGACUCAUCGGACUUUAAACUGUGGACAUUGUUCAGUUCUUGACCACGCAUCCUGUGAACAGCAAAUAAUUUCUGAAAUUGCAAAAUGUUUCAAAGAGGGACUGGGUUAUAUUGACGUGAAACAAUAUUUUUCCCAGUUAUUGAAAGACAUUGAUGCCUGUGCUUCUAAUGCUGAAGACAGUAUUAAGCGCAUAGACGACAUUGGAGAACGUGAGGUGGCAAAACUGAAGACAUAUCGAAAACUGGUCGACAAAUACUUUGAUGAACGUGAACAAGCACUGCUGAAGUCAAUUGCAAAGAUAAAAAAACAUGAAUGAAACACUAAUGGACGCUCUGAAACCAAAUGUGACAACCUUAAGUCCCAGGUCAAUGCAAUCAAGGCAAAAUUAGAAGUUUAAGAAAACAGCACUAGCCAGUUGUUUAUAGAGGCUCAUAAAGCUAAAAAAAACUCGUUGAGAGUUUGAAAUCAAAUUUAAGACUUGUCGAUAUUGACAGGAAGGCCAUUUGCCUGUAUUCGUUUAGGAAGGACCCCGCCACUGAGAGUCUACUGUCUACCAAGACCGGCCUGGGUAUUAUUGAAAAGAUGUGUACUACAGAAGACAAAAGAUGUGAGCAAACAAGUUCCACAACACACGACAAAGGCAAUACAACUAAGGCAAAUCCAUCGGAUGCUGCUACCAACGUACACGCCUUUGGGAACAUCCAGGCUACCCAAUCAACCGAAAUAGUCUCACACAAUACAAAAGCAACAGAACCACCGUUCUAUCCCAGUGGAAUGCAUACGUCUGUACAACCAAAACAAAAAAGUUUCACCAAAGGCACAUCCAUCCAAAUCAAGUCUCCUUCUGACCAAGAUGACUGCUUGCUGUCAGGAAUGCUCCUUUAGCCUUCGGAACGAAUGCUUCUGACUGACCGUAACAACAAUUCAGUGAAGCUGGUGAGCCUGCUUACCAGCAGCCUGGUGUCACAGGUAAGUGUACCAGGUUGCCCAUGGGACAUGUGUCUGCUCCCUUGUGAAAGGGUGGCUAUUAGUGUAUACGAUGUAAGUGCAAACACCGGUAGUAUUCAGUUCCUGGAUACAAGGGAACAAAAAAUCUCCCUUGGGAAAAGCAUGACAAUGGAUAAACAAUGUCGAGGUAUUGGUUACAAUAAUGAUUGCUUAAUUGUUUCAUACUUUAGCGGGGAGUUGGAGAAGAUGGACUUGGAAGGGAGAGUGUUGAAGAAAGUAUCGUAUAGGUCUUCUGAACAUGACAUUGAAAACCCCUUUUACCUGACGGUGGUCAUUGAAGAUCAGACUGCAGAGAUUUAUGUAUCAGACAGUAACACGAACACAAUUACUAAGCUGGACAUGGACCUGAGUAUCCUUCAGACAUUUCGGGACCCUGUACUAAGAGAUCCAAGAGGCAUCACGGCAGUGGAAAACCAGCUCCUUAUCAGUGGUUUGGCUAGUAACAAUAUCGUACAGCUUGACCUACCUAGUGGUCAGAUGACCCAGCUGCUUGGAGAGGAUGAGGGAAUACAGGGGCCAGACAGUGUCUGCUACAAUCAGCAGCAGACCAAGCUUUAUGUCACCUGUAUCCCGCUUGUUGGCAUCAGUGACUUCAAUUUUGUCAAGGUGUAUUGGAAAACAGGAACCUUUUAUUAGAUAUCUACGUUCUAAAGCAAAAGCAUUGGAUUGAGUAUCCGCGCAAUGUCUGCUAAUGUCUGUCUGAGCAGAACAAGCUCUUUGCUACAUAAACGUAUUGGGAUGUAGAUUCAGACAACGAUGCAAAAGAAGUAUACAAGACAAAAAUGAACGUUUUAGAUGAUUUCGACUCUCUGAAAGCAGCAAAUAUAUAUUGUCGGAGUUUUUCAUGUGCAUAUAUAUUUAAUUGGAAAUGCUGACUUUCACCUGGUAAUUUCCCUAUCCUUAGUGUGUUGUAAAGACCGUUAUAUUUGCAUGUUCAUCUAACUAUAGAAACACAUAUUUCUUCUCUGUCAGUCCUAUACUUUGCUUUAU